GAGGCUAUAAAAGUUGGGUCAAAAGAAGAGGUGAAAGCUGAAGGAAAGGUUCGAAAAGUGGUAUCAAAAAAGAAGAAAGUCGAGGCAAAAGGAAGUGCUGAAGAAGUCAAAGCUUUGAAAAAACCGCAACUAUGGAUGGAUGUGCAAGAGCAUGACCGACUCGCGAUGAAGAAGCUAUUGGAACGAGAAGAACGUUGGAUGGAUACCGCUAGAGAACCGAAAACCAAAGCGUUGAUGACUGCAAUGCUACCGCCCAUGGAGGACAUGGAAGUCAAGAAGUUAAUCAAAGAAGAACGCAGAUCGUACCUCGACGGUUACUAUGAGGGUUACAAAGCGGGUUUGAUGGAGAACAAAACUGGUAAGGAUGACGAAAUGCUCAAGUCAGCAGUGACACGUCUGUCCAAACAGGAGGACAAUAUGAAAAAUCGUGCUUACAAGAUUGGGUUCAUAGAAGGUUAUAAUCGAGCUCGUAUGCUGAAAACGAGUCAUAAGGAGAAGUCUGUAAUACAGGCUAUAGAACAACUGACAGCAAAAGGCAUAAGCGAAAGAACAAGAAGGGCAGAAGGUGUGUCCCUCACAGAUGGCACCAAUGUUAUCGCAAAAACACCCGGUGGUAGUGAGCCAAUCCUCAUAGAUCCUAAGCAGAGAGGAGACAUUGUCCACAUUGCCCGAACAGGAAAGAGGCAGUUCCUGAUCGUAAUGUAUCGCGAUCCGGUAGUGCCGGAGAAUCUGGUAUCGAGAAGUGGAGAUGACGAAGACUCGAACAGUCCCGGCAGUCAUCAGAACACAGGAAAGCCUCAGCCACCAAAAUGA